AUGUCUCCUCUCAAGAGUAGCUUCAGUGCAUUGAGUCGCGCCAAGGCUGCAGCCAACAAGGGAAAGUCCAAGGAAGAACGUCGCAACGCGGCCAAGGAAGAGAGCAACGAGGUGGAUGCUCAGGACAUUUACCCGUCCACUGCCUGCAUUUUUGUUGCCAACCUGGCUUCUAAUGUUUCGGAUGAGGAGCUUGAGGAGGAAGUGAUGGCCGUCUUUCAGAAGUUCGGCAAGGCGUUCGUUAAACUCCGCCGUGAUACACGGAACAUGCCUUACGCCUUCGUCCAGUAUACUUCGGAUAACGAUGCCCAGCGUGCUUUCGAAAAAGCACAGGGGGUCAAGAUCAGUGACCGUUGCUGCCGCGUCGAAAAGGCCAAGGCAAACUCUGUCUUUGCAGUGUCCAAGAGAUCCGGAGAGCCCAUCUCCGAGGACGAAGCUGGCCGCUUGCUCCGCCCUCUCGGGCAACUUUCUGAGGUUACCCCUCUGGAUUAUGAGACUCAGCACAAGUUCAACCUGCCACCAUCAGUCCGCAUCCAGUUCACUCUGUUCGAUUCUGGGCGCGACCCUGUCAGGGCCUUCAAGGACCACCGAUUCUUUCGAGUGACGUCGCUCGAGUUGAACAAGGCGCCUGUUGCAGCCAACUCUGUGAAUGCCAAGAAAGAAUUGGUUAACAAGCGAUCGGUAUUCAUCGGAGACUUGCCUCCCAACUCGUCCGAGGAGGAAAUCAGGGAGAUGGCUAUUAGCUGCGGCAAAGUCCUUGCGGUCAAGGUCCGAACUCGAUCCUAUGUUGGAUGCACAGAGGAAAUCUGCUUUGCUUUUGUCGAGUUCGAGUCUCCGGAAUCUGUGCAAGACAUGAUUGCCGCAUUUGAUGGCAUCGAACUUCGUGGCUACAAGCUGCGCCUGCAACAGCGCCAGUCUCGCCCCGUCAUCUCUUCCGAUGACCCAUUGACACCCACACCAGGGCGAGGCAGACCCCGAGGUUCCGCUUCUACCCCUUCUUCAACUCGGCACACCAUGCCCGAGUCCUGGAGAGGCAAGCAAGUCAGGCAGCCCACCGAGGAGCCUCUGCAGACCCCAUCUCGAGCUCCCACCCGCGAGUACCCUGCAUCUGAUCGGGUAACCACUGAAGAUCGCUGGGGCCGCAUCCCAGGUGAUGGACCCAACAACUCGACCCAGAGCACCCCCUCCUCGGCCACGCCCCAGACCUCAAUGACAGAGGCCAUGAAUGCUGCCCAACAGGGCGCCUUGAUGAGAUAUCUUGAGCAGACCUCUGAGCAAGCCAGUAUGCUUGCUCAAAUGAACCACCUCACCCCGCCAAAUGCCCAGCGGGCCAUUGUCCCUGGUGCAACCCCGGGAGCUGCCAUGCCUUAUGGGGUGAACCCGUUCAUGAUGUCGCCCAUCAGUCCUCUGGCUUCAUUCCAGGCUCCUGCGUACAUGAACGCGGGUGGUGUGCCUGUGCCCGGGCACUUUUAUGCAUCCCCAUUCGGAGGUUUCGAGAUGCCCGGCUACAUGCCGUAUCCGUGCAUUCGUCCUCAGGAGCCAGCCAUGCAAACCGUUGCCGGCGGCGAUCAGACUCCAACUCGAGGCCACUACGCUCGUAGCCGUGGCGAGCCAUACCCCAACGGCUCCCACGGCUCCCCUUCUCACCCAUAUCAGGGAGAGAAUUGA